AUGUUAAGGAAGAAGGAGAAGAAAUUAAGGAAGGAGAAGAAGUUAGGGAAAGAGAAGAAGUUUGGGAUGGAGAAGAAGUUAAGGAUGGAGAAGAAGUUUGGAAUGGAGGAGAAAAAUCGAAGUAUGGAGAAGAAAUUAAGGAAGAAGAAAUUAAGGAAGAAGAAGUUUAGGAAGGAGCAGAAGUUAAGGAUGAAGAGGUUUUGGAUGGAGAAGAAGUUAAGGAUAAAGAAGAAAGUAUGGAUGGGGAAGAAGUUUGGGAUGGAGAAGAAGUUUGGAAUGGAGAAGAAUUUACUAAUUAAGGAAGCAAAAGAAGUUAAGGAGGAUGGAGAAGAAGUUAGGGAAGGAGAAAAAGUUAAGAAUGAAGAACAAGUUAGGGAAGCAUAA